UCCCCCCCAAACCCUCUUCCACCACCACCACCGUCGUCGCCGCCGCCGACGAGAUGUCCAGGCCUGUCAGGAAUAGGAAGGUCAUUGACUACUCACAGUUUGAAGAUUCUGAUGAAGAAGCUUAUGGAAGAGACUCGCCACCUCCAACCAAGCGAGCGCGAGCGUCUCCGCGGGAGGGAAAAACUAAAAGAAAAUCUGCAAAGAACGCACGGGAUGAAAGUGAUGAAUCAGAUGACAAGGUAUACGAGAAGGACCUAAAGGCUGCCAUUGCACUGUCCAAGAAGGACACAUCCCAUUCACCUGAUGAGGACAUGGGAAGUGAUGAAGAGUUGGACCACGGUGACAGUGACUACGAGGCUUCCAAGAAAAAAGGAAAAAAAGGGAAAAAAAGUAGAAUUGAAAAGGAGAAAAAAACAUCCAGAAAGGCUAGGAAAACAGCUGAAGCAGGGGACAAUGAAAGUGCAGAUGAAAAAGAAGUCCAUAAAGACGGUCGUCAGAAGAGGCAAGCUGCUUCUAAAGCUGCAUCCAAACAGAGAGAGAUUCUGCUGGACGACGGAGGGAGUGAUGAAGAGCAUGAUGAGGAUGAAGAGGCUAUUCAGGAGAAAGGAGAUUCUGGUAGUGAUGCAGACUUCUAUGUGGAAGAGGAUGAUGACAGUGACUAUGAAAGCUCCUUGAAGAAGAGCAAAAAGGGAAGAAAGACAAAGGUGGUACCAGAAAAGAAAGAAAAGAAAACGCCUAAACCUCGGCUCAGCGCCACAGUUACUCCUGCAACUCCCAGUCCAGUAAAAGGCAAGGGAAAGGGUCGAAAUGCUGCCACAAAGGCAUCACCACCUUCCAAAGGUCAGCCACUCGAGAGCUCUGCAAAAGAAUCAAAGAAAGAGAAGAGUCCUCCACCAGACACAAACGAGGAUGAAGAGCCAGACGAGGAAGAAGAAGAGGACGAAGACGAUAUUAAUUCUGGGGAUGACUGAACAAUACAAGGGGAUAUUUUUUAUAUAAGUAGUUAGAAUAUGACUUCACUGACAGCUCAGUUCACAAGGCUUUAGACACGAGGCUUGAGUGGGUUUUGAAGAGACCGUCUCCCUAUUUGUGUCCUGCACGUGAGGGGAUUGAACCAUUUGGAUUUGGCUUAUUUUAUGGGAGUUGCUUUAAUCAUUUUCAAACUUGGGAGACUUGUAGAAUAUUUACAAACCUAGCACUAAUUUGUGGCAUCGUUUUGUUUCUCUCCAUGUUCUCAAAAGGUAAUUUCAAGUGAAGAAAUUAAAAGCCUGAUGAAAAAACUACAAAGUUGUGGCAGAAAUUAGGCAAAAUUCUCUCCUCCCUCAUUGGUGGAGGGGGGAAUUUGGCCAUCGAUGUGAGCGCUGGUUUGAAAAUUAUGUGCUACAACCCCCUCUUCUCUUUCCCACCCCCACCGCACACAAACUUGAAACGUGAAAGGGAAUGUUCAUAUUCUAAAGGGUUUGUUGAUCUUUGUGUAUUAUCAAAAAAAAAAUAACACCUGCGUAUAUCCGGUUAGUUUUCAGUCUUGCCAUAUUCUGAAAUCUUCCUGUGGAUUUGUUCUCUGUGACGACUGUUACUGCAGUGGUUUGAAAAUUUGACAGUGCGAGCCGUAUUUCAGCAAAGGAUCAGAUCGAGGUCCCUUGCAAAUCUAACAUGGCCUAAAUAUCUUGGCCUUCAAACCUUGAGGUGCUGUAAAUACAUGUAGCCACAACGCGUUUUGUUAGUGAACUGGCUUCAUUAAAAGUAGGUGUAGAUUCGGUUUUAUGGCCGUCUUUCUAGGCGUAACCUGAACAGGGUUACUGUAAAGGCAGCCGCCGUUUGCAACUUUGCUUGAUGUUCACUUUCCACUGUAUUACGUUACCUAAAUGCUUUCUGUUAAUGGCAUUCUAGCCUUUCGCACGUAAAUCAUAAAUCAGUAUAUAGACAGAACUGAAGUUGUCUUAAAAAAAGAUUCCAUCCAUUUAAUUGAAAAAUGUAAAUACGGCCUAUGAUCUUUUGUUGAUCCUGUCAGCAUCGUAAUCAUAUCACAUUUGUUUUUGGUGGGGGUGAGAGGGCUUCAAUGUCUUCGUAAGGAAAUGUCCAUUAGUCACAAGUCGGACUGUUCCAAGUCUACUAUUUGUGAAGGCAAUGCAGGAUUUAUUUGGCCCAGUCUUUCAAACUUUUUUUUAUGUUUGCUCAUCUAUUUAAGUCUCAACUAAGGUUUGAGAUGGUCUACAAAAAAGGCUUGAAACACCAUAUUCAGGAAAAAAAAACUUUUUAAAAAAAAUGUUGGGUCAACCUUCGAACUUAGUUCGGUGGUUCUGUUAGUCUCAAUAGGUUUGGUUUGUCGGUAACUCCAGUUUGAACACAGUCACGUGGAAAUGUUGCGUUGUAUCCGAAGGCAGUUUCUUGUAAAAGUAUAUAAAGGUCAAGCUGUUCCUUGUAAAUGUUACAGAAUUUCGGAGUCCCGAAAAGAGAUGUCAAGAUUAAGUGUGUUAGUUCUCUGCCUUCAAAACGUUUAGAGGUACGCUUUUAAGUAUAACUAGGAAGGGGGGGGGGGGGGAAGAUGCGAAAUGCACAACCCAAAGAUCGCCGAGCUGCCGUGUCUGGUCUUGUGAACUGAAUUGUAUUUUUUUUUUUUUUUUUUUUGCAGAUUGAAAUGUUUAAAAAAAAAUGAAUGUGAUUGAAUCCUGAAAAAAACUGCGCAAUUGUUUUGUCUGUAUCAGCAUUUUUGUCAAAGCAGCCAUAUCUUUGUAAGUUACAAAAAAAAAUAACUUGUACAGCCAAUUCUUAAGAUGUUGACAUCCAAUUUACAUGGGCUUUAGAUUUCCUUUUUUUAUUUUCGCUACAGGACAUUUAAUAUCUACUGGUGUAAAAUGGUUUCCUCAAGCAGUUAUUUUUUUUUGAGCAACUGUGAAGACAUGUUAAAGGUCUUUGAGGAUCGAUUAAGAAUGAGCCCCUUUUUGUUGUUCAGUUGUCAGUGAACUCUUUAAUUCAGCACAUGUUAAACUAUUAAACACUAUGCCUGUCGGGGACUGUGACAUCAGAACAAUGGUCUUCCCUGGAGAAUAUUUUGAACGUGAUUGAAGGAAAAGAGCCUAUGCAUUUGGGACCAUUGACCAGAAACCUAACGUAACCCUGUUUUCAGGUGCCUUCUGUUGACUUAACAGCGAUACAUGUUGGAAGUAUCGUGUCUUGUGUUAUUUCCAUUGGUUUGUCUCCCAUUUCAAAAUUAUUAUUGAGCAAGGGUUAUUACUAUUGAGUUGGUGUACUUCAUAGUGGAAUUGAAAUCCAUUUUAGGAGGGGAUUGCUUCCCUUAGCCCUGACGUUCCUAACUCAACCUGAAAAAAUUGAGCUGCCAUUAUUGCCCCAGCCCAAGUACAGUCUGGCUAAUUGUUUAAUUAAACAAAUUUAAUUGUCUUCUGUCCUGAGCUAUCAUUCAUUGCACAUUAAUUGAAUGCAAGAGUAUAAUUUCUAAUCUAGCAAACAGUUUGUAUAAAUGCUGUUUAUGUGAUGGGUUGUCACAGAUUGAAAAAUUGCAUCUAACCAAAGGUAGAUAGUCAUGUACUUAUUACUCCCAUAUGUUAAGGAGGUAACGUACAUUUGAAAAUAUUAAACUCCCCCCAAUGCAGUGUCUGACACAACUCAUUGCUUUAAAAGUAUUUAUGAAAAUGCUUGGUUGACUUGCGUUUUGAAUGUAAUUUAACCCCUUCUAAAUACUGAAACUGGUAUGAAGUCGGGAGAGGGCCUUCAAAUUCCAUUAAUAAUAAAAUGAGACCACACCCCUGCAUAACCUUUAACAGCAAAAAGGAGAGUUUACAUGUGUGAUUAGUGAACCACAGGCAGGAUGCAAAUCUUGGGGAGUAUUUUUUGACUGUUAAUUCCAAGUGUAAAAUAUGCUUUUACCAUUUCUGUGUCCCAAUAGGCAAACUUGCAUUGAAUGGGGCUGAAGCAAGUAGCACAAUUAGGAUAACUGGGGGCACAUUGAGGCGUUGCCAAGAUUUGCUUGUUAGUAUUGCCUAUUGCAUUUUACUGCAUUUCAUAUAUUUCAUUGUCAAUUGAUGCCUAAGGAAAAUGCCAAUAAAUCUGUUUGGAUAACUGUUUGCCAGCCACUCCUUUUUCUUCCCUCCCUCUUCCUCCUCCCGCCCCCCCCCACCCCAAUUAACUCCCUUCGCUGUGUGUAGUUUUAAGGGAUUUUGUACGUUUCAAUUUUGUUUCCGCUGGAGAUGUAAGGCGAUGGAAUGAAAUUGAAGCACCCCUGCAAGUUUGAUGUUUGAAGUGUUUUAAUUAAAGUUUGGGUGAUAGCAGCAGCUCAAUUUUUUUUUCAGCAUCAGACAUUGUAAAAUAAUAUGGAGUUAAAAGGGGCUUUUACAGUUCACUGUGAUAUUUGCAGAUUCGUUAUGUUGGGAAUUGGCUGUACAUUUUUAAUAAAGAAAUGGACAGCAGAGGUGAAGAAAGUGGUGAUGUGUUUUCAAACUUCUAUAAUCUACAAAUGUUUGCAACUUAACCUUUCGAGCAUUGCAUAUCUGAAGUAAUUUCUUUCAUGUUUUGUUAUGGUUGGCCACAUUUUGUGUUUUAUAUAAAACUCUAAAAAAAUAA